AUGAGUGGGGUUUGUCGAUUGUCCUUUAUCCUUGAGCACGGGAAGGGAGCGCACAUCUUUGAUGCUUUCACCUUCAUCAUCCUCCUCCUUUCUGUACCCCACAUCACAGGCUUUUACCCUCAUAUGCCAAGAAUUUUCACCAAAGAGAUUACAGAUAGAGAGCGAAAGAUCUCGAGGGACGCAAAAUGUCUCACAGCUAUCUCGCUACUUCUUUCUACUUUGACGUCAGUGACUGCUUUGCAGUGGCCCUUGACACUAAGCUGUCAGGUUUUCUUCCACAGCUUGGGCACACUCCCAUCCUUGUUUCACCCUCCACCUGGCCCCUUUUAUAUUCUCGCCGCAGUGUACUCGCUUUGCUCGACGUAUGCGAGCUUCCGCGUGCAGCAAUCCGCAAGCAUUGGCGCUAAAUCUGAAUCAAAGCGGAUAAUAUCCGUUGAGAGGGUGGCAAAAAUGAGGGCCAUGGAAUUACAAAGCAUCUCGUAUUCAUUAUACUUUAGCAUUCGAUCUUGGAUGCAACUGGGGGAUAGGGGUCUAUGUGCGAUCCUAAUGUUUACGUUAGAUACACUCUUUGACUUACAAUCUGCGAUGGCCGUAUUAUUCCCACUAUUCUGGUCAUAUGAAAAGUUCUUGGGGGGAUUACUUCCGUUCUUGACAUGGCAGGAAUUCGACAAACUUGAUGUUGGGAUCAUCCCUUCGAAAGCCGACCGCAUUCCCCUCCACCCUGAAAUUAUUUGCGGUUAUGCUUCUCCGGAAUGUCUAACUCCCGAGGGCCCUGGAGUGUUGCCGCUGUAUAUAUCAGUAAUGCACGAAGAGGGAAGAAGCAGGAGUAACACCGAAUGGCUGGUGAACCUUGUCGUUGUCAAAAUGUUUGAAGACCCAGGCGUCUCUGAGCGGAGAUUCGAUAUUUUGAUGCAAUGGCUAGAAUACAAAGAGGGCAGAGAAUUUGAGAUGACAUAUAAGAUCCCCUCAAAUGAUGGAAGCUUUGGUUCUAUGUAUUUGCUUACCUCCAUGAGUCUCGUCAACCACCUAGCGUUUCUCGCGUUACAUUACCUAAUUUCAAUCGCAAAUAUUGGUGAUUGGCGGAUGCUGGUGCAAAAGGGGCGUCAUUGGAGGCGUGCGGGUUUUGAGCGCUUUUGCGGAGUGGGUUGGAGUAGGACACGAAUGAUAGAAAUUUCAGUUUGGGUUCUCAUGCAUGAGGAGAAGAUGCCCAUGUUACGCAAGCUAAUCCAAGUCAUUAAUAUGACAAUCCCUGCUAUCGCUGGACCAAUUUUCAGGAAGCACUGUGGCACAGCAGAACAGAUCCCCCGAGUGCAUGCCUUGCCAAGAAUAUCAAGGAUGAACAAGAAAUACAAGAAUCCUAAUUGGUGGAUGCUCGGACCAUCAAAAAGACGCAUGAAAGCAAUGCACUACUCGUAUUGGAGACGAGGUUGCAGGGAUAUGAAGACGCGCUUCUUGUCUUGGCGGCUGCACGGCAGAGUCAAGCGCGAAUCACGGACCUUACGUUCUUCCAACCUCGAGCCAACAUCUUCCAGCUUUCAAGUAACCUGUCAACGAACAAACAAACCAUCUGCAUCGCUUGGUUUUGCCCAAUCGAGCAUCCUCUUCCGCCAACCAGAGUAAUGAUCAUCCACCACCUGGUGAGUGCGAGAAACCUCCGGCACGUUCUAUUCGUGCAUUUGCCGCUCCCCUUCCAACUUCUUCUGCUCCUGCUCUUUCAUAUCUGCCUCGAUGAAUUCCUUGGAAUACCAGGCCUGCUGCUUUCGAUAGCUGAAUAUGAGACCCUGGUGGUCGGGACUCUCAUUCCAUGACCCAACUCGAUAAACGAAGGCCUGCUCUUUUGCCCACCUGACGUUCUCUGCCCAUCCACUCAUAUCAUCCGGAUGGGGUUCCUUGAGCCUAUACAGUUCCCGGUACGGGGGAAAGCGGCGGGGCCCUCCAUAUGCAUACGGAC